AUGGUUGGACGCAAUGGGAAUGGCCAUUCAAGUUGUUCUCUUCUGAAUGUAAAUGGCGGUAAUUUAGAAGAGAAGGUUGAUGAGAUUCGUGACCUUAUUGGGAAAGUGGAGGGUGAUCCAUUAAGAAUAGUUGGUGUUGGAGCUGGUGCUUGGGGUAGUGUGUUUAUUGCUAUGUUGCAAGAGGCUUAUGGUAGUUUGAGAGAAAAGGUUCUGAUAAGGAUAUGGAGAAGACCGGGAAGAGCUGUUGACAGGCCAACGGCUGAGCAAUUGUUCAAGGUGAUCAAUUCAAGGGAGAAUGUACUGAGGAGGCUUAUUAGGAGGUGUGCAUAUUUGAAAUAUGUUGAGGCUAGGUUAGGUGAUAGAAUACUUCAUGCAGAUGAGAUUUUGAAAGAUGGGUUUUGCUUGAAUAUGAUAGAUACCCCUCUGUGCCCUCUGAAGGUUGUGACAAACCUGCAGGAGGCUGUGUGGGAUGCUGAUAUUGUGAUUAAUGGCUUGCCAUCAACAGAAACUCUUGAGGUGUUUCAGGAAAUUAGUAAGUACUGGAAAGAGAGAAUCACUGCCCCUGUCAUUGUAUCCUUGGCGAAGGGUGUAGAGGCUGAAUUGGGCCCUGAGCCUCGGAUAAUAACUCCCACUCUAAUGAUCAAUCGAGCAACUGGAGUUCCCUUGGAGAACAUUCUUUAUCUUGGAGGACCAAAUAUUGCCUCAGAAAUUUACAACAAAGAAUAUGCAAAUGCUCGGUUAUGUGGGGCAGAAAAAUGGAGGAAACCGUUGGCAAAGUUUUUAAGGCAGCCUCACUUUAUAGUAUGGGAUAAUGGUGAUCUUGUUACCCAUGAAAUCAUGGGUGGGUUAAAGAAUGUAUAUGCAAUUGGAGCUGGAAUGGUGGCUGCUUUAACAAAUGAAAGUGCCACCAGCAAAUCAGUAUACUUUGCUCACUGUACUUCAGAGAUGAUUUUUAUUACUCAUCUAUUAGCAGAAGAACCGGAGAAACUUGCAGGGCCACUUUUGGCUGAUACUUACGUCACUUUGUUGAAAGGUCGUAAUGCAUGGUAUGGACAGAAGUUGGCCAAAGGGGAGCUGAACCUUGAAAUGGGUGACAGUAUCAAGGGCAAGGGAAUGAUUCAGGGAGUCUCUGCUGUAAGGGCCUUUUAUGAGCUACUUAGUCUGUCUAGCUUGAAUGUCCUAAAUCCUGAAGAAAACAAGCAUGUUGCCCCAGCGGAGCUUUGUCCCAUCUUGAGGAUGUUAUACAGAAUUUUGAUAACAAGGGAAUAUCCGGCCCAGGCCAUUCUUCAAGCAUUAAGAGAUGAGACCAUGAAUGAUCCCCGUGACCGCAUUGAGAUUGCCCAAAGCCAUGUGUUUUAUAGGCCAUCCCUUCUUGGUCAGAAGCUUUAG